AUGAUUAAAUUUAUCUUUAUCUUAAUUAGCAUCAAACUUGCAUAUGGUUAUCCAGACGGUGCACCCAACAGCAUCUGUACCGUAAUGUUGUCUCAUCAUGAUGUUUCUCCAAAAAUAUGUCAACCAAAAUAUAUUAUUCAAUCCGAUACAUCUGAAUAUGAUAUUAAUCAGAUUCUUCGAAUUACUGUUCGUGGCUCAACAGAUGCUGAUUAUUUCAAAGGAAUUCUUCUAGUUGCAAAAGAUCAAAAUAAUCAACACAUCAUUGGUACUUGGUCUUUAUCAAAUUCAUCAAUUAAAACAAUUUCGUGUAAUGAAACAGAUAAUACAACCAUAACUCAUCUGUCAACUGAAAAUAAAUUACAAAUAGCCGCAUUAUGGCAUGCCCCAUCAUUCAUACCUGAAGGAAAUAUUUUUAUAAAAGCAACUGUUGUUACAUCAUAUGAUGAGAUUUAUGUUGAUUGUUUUAACAUUACACUAAAGCCUAAACAAAAGAAUUCUUUACGUGUUCAAUCGAUACCAACAAAUAUUGAAACACGUAUGAUAGCAAAUCCAAAGACAAAGAUAAGUUGGGAUUAUAGUGAUAACAUAGUAACAGUAAUAAUGACAUCAGAACCAGUUAAUGUUGGAGAAUGGACUGCUAUUGGUUUUUCACUUGAUCAAGACAUGGGUAAUGAAUACAUAUUUGUAUGUCAAGUUUCAUCUACAGGUAAUGCAUUGCUUCGACGAAUGCAUACAAAAUUGGGCAAGCGACCCCCAUUGCCGUCUAGUGUACCAGUAAAUAUUAAUAGCGCUGUAAGUGAGAAUGGCGGUGUUACUUGCAAAUUUUCAUUUGAAACGAACUCUACACAAGCUGAUAAUGAAUCAGCGCCAAUAAUCAUCGGAGAAAACUAUCAUCUAAUUUAUGCAGCAGGACGUCUCAGAGCAGGAGAACAAGUAGCUAAGCAUAAUUUUACAUUUGUUUCAACUAAAACAUAUCAAUUACAAAAUUCUGAAGCUAUUGAUCUUGACGAAUCACUUACAACUACUACAGCAGCUCCACACGCAAACAAUAUUAGAGUUAAUAUUACUUGGUCAUAUGCUGAUAGCAUAACGACUGUGAAAAUGGUCAUUGAUAAUUUAAAAAUAUCUCAAUGGGUUGCAAUGGGUCUUUCGCUUGAUGAAUCGAUGGGACACGAUCAUGUAUUUAUUUGUCAACGUUUAAAUGAUAAUACAAUUUUACUUGACCGUUUUAUUAAUCCAGAAGGUCGUACACGACCAGCUUUAGCUAGUACAAUAGUUAAUCCAGGUGGUAGUUUUAAUAUUAGUCUACAAAAAUUUGAAAAUGGUAUAACGUAUUGUGACUUUACUUUGUCCAAUUUCGCUGGUACACAACGUCGAAAACGUCAAAAUAGUUUUCCUGCACUUUCUCAAACGGCUAGUUAUCGACCACUCAUAGCAAUAGGAAAUUUAGAUAGUUCGAAUAAUCUAAUGCAACAUGCACAGAAUUCACGAGAAGCACUAUCGCAAACUGUUUUACUUAAUAGAAACGAAAUAAUUAUCUAUGAUCUACAAUCCGUUGGAUCGGACUCAACAGGUCUAAUGAAAGCACAUGGUAUUAUUAUGCUAUUUACUUGGAUAGUGCUUGUUUCAACAGGUAUUCUUGUCGCACGUUAUUUCAAACAGUCGUGGCCAAAUUCAAAAAUCUGUGGUAAAGCUGUUUGGUUUGGUAUUCAUCGUACAAUAAUGACAUGUGUGGCUACCUUAACAUUAGUUGCAUUUAUUCUUAUUCUUGUCUAUAAAAAAGGUCAAUGGAUAUCACAGAAAAAUCAACGCGAAUUUGCUCAUUCAAUAGUUGGUAUACUUGUCAUAAGUUUUUCUGUAAUUCAACCAUUUAUGGCAUUAUUUCGUUGUAAUCCAGAUGAUCGUUAUCGAUUCAUAUUUAAUUAUGUACAUGCAACUGUUGGUUUUAGUGCAUUAGUAUUAUCAAUAGUAGCGAUAUUUUUAGCAAUGUUUUUCACACAAUUUCAAUUUCAAUUAAAUAAAGAAUGGUCAAUUUUAGUUGUAUGGUCCUGUUGGUUACCUAUUGUUUUUAUUAUAUUUGAAACGAUUGAAAUUUAUUUCCGAAAGAAAAAUCCAUCAUUAACAAACAAAGUAGAUGCAUAUGAUAUGAAUGAUCUUCAUGCAAAUUCUAAAAAUGAACCAAACGCAAACCAAUCGAAAGAAAAUCCUACGAAAGAUCGAAUAAAACUAUUAGCUCUUUUACUUCAUAUUAUAUUGGCUUUUGGAUUAGCAUUAGCAUUGAUGAUUCUUAUUGGUAGAUCGUAG